AUGACCAGGAUGGAGGCGAAGGAUUCGUUGGAACGGUCACAGAAUUUGGCUCUCGUACUUCACCAGAUAAAACUGUCGUCGUACUGUGGGACGAGUAAAUCAAACUCGGGUUAUGUGCAAUGGUUGCCAAAGCAAGAUUUCAGUGGAAUGCGUUUCAAAGUUGAACUCACUCCCAGAGAACACUCCAGAAAGAUUACAAUCGCUGGUAUUUUCCCUGGUGCUAAGGUUAUACGUGGUCAAAACUGGGAUUGGGGAGAUCAAGACGGUGGAUUAGGACAUGUUGGCAACGUUACCGACAUCAGGGGCUGGGAUAAAGAAACCGACAGAUCUGUAGCUAAUGUUUCGUGGAUCAAAACAGGAGUUACCAACGUCUAUCGAGUUGGUCAUAAAGGAAAAGUUGACAUAAGAUGUCAGAACUUGAACAGUCAGCCCAGACCCAGCGACGAGGUCGUAGUCUUCAACCCUGGAGAUAAAGUGAAAGUGAAUGUCGAUGAAGAACGACUGAAAAGUCUUCAAGAUGGACACGGAGGCUGGAAUCCGCGUAUGGUGCAAUAUAUUGGAGAAAUUGGUAUCGUCCAUCGAGUUACCGAUAAAGGGGGACGUUCGUGUGCAACCGAAAACUGUAGCAAUAGGUGGACUUUUCAUCCGGCUGCGUUGGUGAAGGUGAAUCGAUUUAAAGUGGGCGACAGUGUGCGUAUACUCAAUGACGUGGCUAAAGUGCAAGAACUACAAAAAGGUCACGGAGAAUGGUUGGAUAUUAUGGCACUG